CUCUCCCGGAACACUUUCAAUAUAGAGGCAACUCAAGGAACUAUUUCGAAAGCGCAAAAACUAUUUCAAGCAGUAGCCUAUUCGGAAACGCAGUGAACUUGGCAACAAGAAGUUCAAGUUCUGAAUCAGGAAAGAAAAAACGUAAAAUUGAGAAGCAAGCGAGAACAGACCCCUGUUGCAUAUUUGAAAACAUCUCGAGUCGAGCAGCUAAUAGCCUUUUGAUGCUGGUCAUAUCAAUAGUUGGUUAACCAACUAGGCUACCUUUUAGUUAACUGUUCACUAGUCUUUAGCCUAGCUCUCCUAUCGGCUCGGCUUGUCAAUGCUUUUGCAUCAGUUCGGGAACGGAGGCCUGGAAGUGAUGCAUUCUACAGCAAUUCAAAAAGACACUACUUUUACCAAAAUUUUCGUGGGCGGUUUGCCCUACCACACUAACGAUGCUUCCUUGAGAAAGUAUUUUGAGGCCUUCGGAGACAUCGACGAGGCGGUGGUGAUAACGGACAGACAAACGGGGAAAUCCAGAGGAUAUGGCUUUGUGACGAUGACAGAUCGGGGAUCAGCAGAGCGGGCCUGUAAAGACCCCAACCCCAUCAUCGACGGGCGCAAGUCCAACGUGAACCUGGCCUACAUUGGCGCCAAGCCCCGCAAUAUGCAACUAGGUGAGCCGACCAGGGGCAUAUCCAUCGGAGUGCAACCUAUUCACCCAGCACUCAUCCAGAGGCAGUAUGGGUUGGCCCAGCAGUAUGUGUAUCCCCAAGCCUUCAUCCAGCCCAGCCUGGUUCUCCCCUCUCAGGUGUCCUCCUCCGCCCCCUACCUGGACUACAGUGCUGCCUAUGCCCAGUACGCCCAGGCAGCCUUUGAGCAGUACCCCUACGCUGCCUCCCCAGGGUUCCUGGGCUACGGCUACACCCCCAGCCCUGCCACCGCCCCCUCCCAGGCCCCUGCUUCUGUUCAUCAGACUCUCCCCACAGGGGCAGGCCCCAACUUCUUACAGUAUGCCCCCCAGCAGCAUGUUCAGCCAGACCGCAUGCAGUGAGGAGAGGCAGGAUGCAGGGAGUCCUGUAGGCCGCAUGGGGAGUCACCCUGUGCUGCCCCUGCCAGGGCUUCCAGGGAAGGGCUGGAGAAAGCGGGACUAUUGCACUAUAUAAAAUGAGCCCUCCCCUGAGUUUGGGGUGGGGGGGUUGGGCUAGAAUAAAAUGCAUGGUUGCUUCAGAGGGCUUCCAGAAACAGACACUUCAUUUUUAUUAUUGGUCUUUAUUGUAUUAAUACUAGUAUCCUUUAUCAAUGUAAUUAUUAAUUGUUGUUUUGUUUCAAUCAGUGGAAACCUUCAAUGUCCAUGGUACAUAUCUGUGUUUUGGAGAGAGCUGAGGGGGGUGGUGGGCUUACUUGGACAUUUGCCCCCUCCCCCCUCUUUACCAGGGCAUGGGGUUGGCGACGGCACUGCUGCUUGGGUACACUGGGAAUUGGAACAGAGGUGGGAGGCAUGACGCCAACUGUUUCCAUCCACACCAGAGCAGACGAGGAUUCUGCCCUCUCAUACCCCCAGUGUUAUUGCUCCAACACCAUGGGGGGCAUGACUCUGUCUUUCAGAGGUCAUCACUAAAUGGAGAACGAAGAGAUCCUGGGAUCCCCUUAUUUGAGUCGAUCAAUCGUUAGACAUCAGGGCGACAUUUAUUUUCAUGAAAGAUGCCUUAAUAAAACUCCUGUUUUUAAAAACACUCCUCCUUUAACCCCUUCCUUCACUCACAGAGCCACAGGGUAGUUUUCACAUGGCCUGACUUCAUAUUUAUACCAGACACUUGUAGUCUAUUGACUCACUUUGUCUUGAUUGUUGUAGAUAAGCAUAUGCAGGAAGUGGGAGGAGGGGUCAAAGAGCAUUGGGUAUUUUAUGUAAGGCAGCUGAUGUAACCAGUGCCUGCGUAUUUUGUCGAACUGUUCAUCUAGGAUUGUCAAAUUUUGAUCUCAGAAAGGACAUGUACAGUAUUUGUAAGUGUUUCAUUAUCAAGUACAUUUACAAUAUUUAUGUUUUGAGGUAUUUAUAGGAAAUUCUGUAGCUUUUUUGUAACUUGGUCUUGUUGCACUGAAGUCCUACAACUUGGUAAGUGUAUGUGCAGAUCCACAAUUUGUCUUAUUCAUUUGAUGAUGGCCAUAUUUGUAUUUUCCAUGUUCCCUCUGAACCAAUGGAUUUGCCUGUAUGCACAAUGCUAGAUGCUCUUUUGUAGCCCCAGUUUCACUGCUGCUGGCUGGGAUCAGACACUCUGUAGACUGUUUCAGCAAAAUGUCAUUUCCAGUCCAUUCAAAGAAGCCGAACCAAAAAAAUCUUGGAAAAAUAAAGAAUUUGUAUUUAAAAAGG